AGAUGCAUUAGGAGACAAUGUCACACUUCAUACUGAAGUAGCCGAGAUGACAGGAAUUGUUUUCUGGAAAAACGACAAUGGUAGAUAUGAAUGUAACCCGACUUGUUAUAAUUACGGUAACUAUGAAGUUACACAAGAUGGUAGCAAAUCUACUCUUUUGAUCCGAAUGGUAUCAGAACAAGAUUUCACUUGGCGUUUUUGUGACUUGUAUCUCUGCUCUGCAAAAUAUACCUUAGUGACAAAAGGUGAAAAAACAGAAACGACGACAACAAAAGAUGCUGAAACUAAUGAAUCAGAAGACAGCUUGCCAACCUAUGCCUAUGUCUUAAUUUUCAUAUCUGUAUUUGUAGCCAUCGUUAUCAUUAAGAAAGGCCAGGAAUGAUAAUGGCCAACCUUAUUACUGACUUUCACUGAUCCGGGUAGAAUAGUUGGUUUUUGCAUAAACUACCUCCAUAUUUUAUGUAACAUCAUCAUCAUCGUUGGUUUGGCAUCACCUUUUCCAAAACUCUGCUCCAUCUUACUCUUGCUUGUCCAAUACAAGCAUGGAAAAGCGGACGUUAGAAU